UUCCGGGUCGGCGGCGGGAGCCGACAUGGAGCCCGUCGGACGCGCGGGGCCUCGCUGAGGGAGCGGCCGAGCCGGGCCGCGCGGCGCCGCGCCGCCAUGUCGCUGGGCGAGUACGAGCGGCACUGCGACUCCAUCAGCUCCGACUUCGGCAGCGAGUCCUCGGGCCGGGGCGGCUCCCGCGGCGGUGGCGGCCUGCCCGGCGAGCAGGAGGAGCUGCACUACAUCCCCAUCCGCAUCCUGGGCCGCGGCGCCUUCGGAGAGGCCACCCUGUACCGUCGCACCGAGGAUGACUCACUCGUGGUGUGGAAGGAGGUGGACCUGACCCGUCUGUCAGAGAAAGAGCGUCGUGAUGCUUUGAAUGAAAUCGUUAUCCUUGCUCUGUUGCAGCAUGAGAACAUCAUUGCGUACUACAAUCACUUCAUGGAUAACACCACGCUGCUGAUUGAGCUGGAGUACUGUAAUGGAGGGAACCUCUACGAUAAGAUUCUGCGUCAGAAGGACAAGUUGUUUGAAGAAGAGAUGGUGCUUUGGUAUCUCUUCCAAAUUGUAUCAGCUGUGAGCUGCAUUCAUCGAGCAGGAAUUCUUCACAGAGAUAUAAAGACAUUAAAUAUCUUUCUAACCAAAGCAAACCUGAUUAAACUGGGAGACUAUGGGUUGGCAAAGAAGCUGAACUCUGAGUACUCUAUGGCUGAGACUCUGGUAGGAACUCCUUAUUACAUGUCUCCAGAACUCUGCCAAGGUGUGAAAUACAACUUCAAAUCAGAUAUUUGGGCUGUGGGCUGUGUCAUCUUUGAGCUUCUUACUUUGAAGAGGACCUUUGAUGCUACUAAUCCCCUGAACCUUUGUGUGAAGAUUGUACAGGGAAAUCGCGCCAUGGAAGUUGAUUCCUCUGUCUACUCUUGGGAGCUAAUCCAGAUGGUGAAUUCCUGCCUCGAUCAGGAUCCAGAGAAGAGACCCACUGCAGAUGAGCUGCUUGAACAACCCCUUCUCAGCAAACGGAGGAGAGAGAUGGAGGAGAAAGUCACACUGCUCAAUGGGCCAAAUAAGCGACCAAGGUCGAGUACCGUGAAUGAGGCUCCCAUUGCAGUGGUGACUUCACGCACUAGCGAGGUGUAUGUCUGGGGGGGUGGGAAGUCCACCCCCCAGAAGCUGGAUGCCAUCAAAAGUGGCUGCAGUGCACGCCAGGUGUGUGCUGGUAACACUCACUUUGCUGUGGUGACAGUGGAGAAGGAGCUCUACACUUGGGUGAAUAUGCAGGGGGGCACCAAGUUGCAUGGGCAGCUGGGGCAUGGGGAUAGAGCAUCCUACCGGCAGCCAAAGCAUGUGGAGAAGCUUCAGGGAAAAGCCAUUCGCCAGGUGUCCUGUGGAGAUGAUUUCACAGUAUGCAUCACAGAUGAGGGCCAGUUGUAUGCAUUUGGCUCGGACUAUUAUGGAUGCAUUGGCAUUGACAAGGCUUAUGGCUCUGAAGUACUUGAGCCCCUGCAGCUGGAUUUCUUUCUUACCAACCCUGUGGAGCAGGUCUCAUGUGGAGAUAACCACGUGGCAGUGCUGACCAGGAACAGAGAAGUUUACACAUGGGGCUGUGGAGAGUAUGGGCGCCUGGGUCUGGAUUCAGAAGAAGAUCACUGUACACCUCAGAAGGUGGACGUUCCAAAGACUUUGAACAUUGUAUCCGUUCACUGUGGCUGUGAUGGGACCUUCCUGCUCACCCAGACUGGCAAAGUGUUGGCGUGUGGACUCAAUGAGUUUAACAAGCUGGGCCUGAAUCAGUGCACAUCAGGGAUAAUUAACCACGAUACAUACUGUGAGGUACCCUAUGCUACUUCCCUUACUUUGGCCAAGCAGCUCUCCUUCUACAAGAUCCGUACCAUUUCUCCAGGGAAGACGCACACAGCUUCCAUUGAUGAGCGAGGCCGCCUGCUGACCUUCGGCUCCAACAAGUGCGGACAGCUUGGUGUUGGGGACUAUAAGAAGCACCUGGGAAUUAACCUGCUGGCAGGCCCCCUGGGGGGUAAGCAGGUGAUCAGGGUUUCAUGUGGAGAUGAAUUCACCAUAGCUGCUACUGACGACAACCAUAUCUUUGCCUGGGGUAAUGGUGGGAAUGGGCGUCUGGCAAUGACACCGACAGAGAGAGCACAUGGUUCUGAUAUUUGUACCUCAUGGCCUCGGCCAAUAUUUGGAUCUCUGCAUCAUGUUCCAGACCUGUCAUGCCGUGGCUGGCAUACCAUCAUCAUUGUUGAAAAGGUGUUGAAUUCUAAAACCAUCCGCUCCAACAGCAGUGGCCUCUCCAUUGGUACUGUGACUCAGAGCUGCACCACUGGAGGAGGAGAGGAAGAAGAAAAUGAGCGGGAAGCAGAAACUCCUGAUCCCAGUGGAGGCUUUCGGGGAACCAUGGAAGCAGAUCGUGGGAUGGGGGGCUGGAUCAGUACCACAGAAGCCAAGGGAAGCGACAGCGCUGACAUCAGCUCCUGCCCUGGCUGGCUGAGGAAGGAGCUGGAGAAUGCUGAAUUCAUUCCCAUGCCUGACAGCCCUUUUCCUAUGAGCAUGGCAUCCUCAGAGCCUGAGAAGGAGACUCUCCCUUACCAGGAACUUCAAGGACUCAAAGUGGCUCCCGAGGAACCUACUGGAUUCAACAAGCCCAAAACAGAGCCCUGGCCUCCUUGCCCGAGUCCAGACUUGCCAUGCAGUGAAGGUAAGGCUGUGCCUCCUGUUGUGGGCUGCAUGUGCAGUGCUCUUCAAGCAGAGGUGGAGCACCUCCGAAGCCUGGUCUUACAGUGUCUGGAUGACCAGAAGAAGCUGCAGCAGGAAACCCUUCGUCUGAGUGCCCAGCUCCAGAGGUUCUGCAGUGGAACAGAGGGAAUGCAGCAGGUGGAGGUUCAUUCCAAAGGAACCCAGACAGCCAAAGAGGAGAUGGAAGUGGAUCCAAAACCUGACUUGGAUUCAGAUUCUUGGUGUCUCCUGGGAACGGACUCGUGCCGCUCCAGCCUCUAGUCUCCUGAGCCCACUGGGAUCCAUCUAACUUCACAGCACACUAACUGAAUGCAGAGAGCGGCUUUCCUGGCUUCAGGUCACUCAGACAAGGAGCGAGGCCGGAGGCUCCAGAGCAGCAUCCACGUACGUUUGAUAUGAACCAGGAGUGAUUCUGAGAGGGGAAGGGCCUCUGAGCUCUAGGCCAGCUCAGUGAUUGAAGCAGCAGCAGCUCCUUUUUGUACCUUAUCUGUCAGUUCUGCACAUGAAGCAGUACGGCCCCGUUACGGUGACAGCUCCGGCAGCAGGCCCUUUCAUUGUUCCACUGCUUCCUGGGAGCUGCCUUUGGGACCCCAGUAUUCAUCGCUGCAUCUCUGAGAGAAAGAGACGUGUUUUGUACUGAAGCUGGCUGAACCCUAACACUCACCACCUUCACUUUAGAGGGGUGAAGGGCUAGGAUCCUGUCCCUGCCACACAAUAAGGCCCAGCCAGUGAGGCUUCUCCUCUCUGCUCGGGGGCUGAGGGAGCAGAGAACAUCUCAUUCUGGAGGCAGUGGAGAUUUUCCUGUAAGGGAGAUAAUGGCAGACAGCAUGUCCCUGGCCCCAAGGUGCAGCUUCUGGCCAUAUGACUGUGUCCAGUGGCCUGUACAGAGAGUUUAAAGGCCUUAUUCUGGGUGCCUAGAGCUCUUCAACUUCCAGGCAAUGCACAGAGAUAAGUGAAUCGGGUGCAGUUUCUGACAGCUGUAGCAGGGACUGAUUGAGAUGGGAUCUCUGGUACUUGGUUUCAGACCACCUGCUUCCCAACCAGAUGCUGAGCGUCUGGUCCUCAGACUAAGUCAUGCAUUUCUUGCUCCAGCUGUCAAUUUGGUUUGGGUACCAGAGCUUCUGGUUUCUUGGCAUAAGCCUGUAGCUGCUCCUUGCUUGGCUUCUGUUCUGCUUAGCCCCUGGUGUGGGUGUGGGAAGAAUCGGUAUUUUUCCACUCAAUGUUGUGAUGAAUCUGGAAUGCGUUUUCCUACCCAGAAUAGGUCAUUAGUGCUGUGGUCACAGGAUGCAGCCUUCCCCUAUGACCACGAACGAUCAAGACUCUGUCUGGAAUUCACCUUCUUUCUAGAAGCAAGAGGUUUUCCCAAAGAAAAUUGGAGAUGGGAAGAGGCAUGGUCUGCUCAGGGUUUCCUCAUUUCCCAUUAAAGAAUGAAGUAAAUUUUAUUUCCCACAAAUUUUUUAGCAAACUGAUUCUGAACUAAGCUUUUGGGAGUGGUAGGAUGACUGGGAGAAGCUAGCCUCCCUUCACUCUAUGUGAAGCCUCCAAGGAAUCCUGAGUCCCUCUCACCUUUGCUGUGAGAGUGGAGUUAUGAUUUCAUUAAACAGUCCCCAUCAAAGACACGUCACUAGAAUUGUCUUAGGUCAAAUGGAGCUGGUUAUCCUAUCACCUCUUCUGGAUGUCUUUCUUUGAGAGACUGUCCCUUGGGAGCCAGCAUAUUCCCCCUUUGGGUCUAGAGGUGGAUGCCAAACCGUUCUCCUUGUAAUUUAUGCUUCUUAAAUACUUAUUGGUGCCCCUUGCUUGUAUCAAGUGCAGUGUCUACAGUGCAGAGUCCGGGGCAAGGAUAGUACCCACGUGCCUGUCUACCCCUAAUGAAAAAGGGCAGGAGGACAGCCCUCCUGGGAGAUGGCAUCAGGUGCUCUGUGUGGCCACAUUGCUUGGUUGCCCUGGUGACUCUGCCCUCCUUUCCCCUCGUGUGUUGGAGCCAGUUCUCAGGUUAGGGGCCCGGCUUGAGGGUUGUUGUUGCAUUUGGAAAUGAUCAAGUUGGUCAUGUUGCAGCAGUGCCUUUGAGGAGCAAAGAGUUGAGCCUGAGCCAUGUCCAACAAGCAAGCACCAAGCUGAUGGGAGUCGCUCUCCUGCAGUGCACUGCUAUCCUCAUUUCUCAAUGCUCUGCAGUUGGGAAGCUGGGUGCACAGACUGGAUUCCCCUUGGAUCUAGUGGAGAAUUAGGGUCCUGACAUAGGGUGCCCUGUGCUCCACAAUCUCAAAUGUGCCUUAGAGGAUUCACGCUAUCCAGGUUGUGCCUGUUGCAGACCACAGAUUUCACACCAGCCAGCUAUGCAACCAAAAAAGCAGUUUAAAGCCAGCACCUUAGUCAUGGGCUGAAAUUGGAAGGACAAGUGGGCAGAAGUGCCUCUGAGCAGUUUCAAAUCCUUUUGACUUCUCCCCUUCUUGCAGUGCUAGCUCCAUACGUGUCAGUCUCCUGCUAGUAUUGCUACUGAGUUGUUAUAGUGGAACACAACUUUUGCCUGCUCUGACACUCUGGCUGAAAACUAGUUUGUCGUCUUUUUUUGAAAGGUUAAAGGGUGGAGUGGUUUGGAGUUUCUGUUUAAAUAAAUGUUUAAACUCA